AUGGGCGGCUUUGUCGGGGGCCUUGGUGGAGGACAUGGCGGUGGCCACGGAGGUGGAGUUGUGCUACUGAAGGGAGGAUUUAGCGGAGGCUUCGGCGGUGGACAAGGCGGCGGCCAUGGCUUUCACGGCGUUCAAGCUCUACAAGGACCCACGUAUCUAGUCAAGACAGUUCAUCACGUGCAGAAGCUUGACAGUGGUGGUGGCCAUCUUGGAGGACACGGCGGCAGCUUCGGUGGCGGCUUGGGCGGCAGCCAGAAGGUCGUUUUUCUCGGUGGCACACGGAUGUACCGCAUUCUUGACCUCGUCGUCGCAGCUGAAGUGGCGGCACCCAAGGAACGCUUUCAGCGGCCCGAAGAGAUGGAAAUGGCUGGGGGCGAGGUCUGGACUGGCGUUGCUCUCCUUCUAUUCGUCGUGGCUGGAGCCGCAAUGGGCGGUUUCGUAGGAGGUCUUGGUGGAGGACAUGGCGGUGGCCACGGUGGUGGAGUUGUUCUACUGAAGGGCGGAUUUAGCGGAGGCUUCGGCGGCGGACAUGGCUUUCACGGUGUUCAAGCUCUACAAGGACCCACGUACCUUGUCAAGACAGUGCACCACGUCCACAAGCUUCACAGUGGUGGUGGCCAUCUUGGAGGACACGGUGGAGGCUUCGGUGGCGGCCACAAGGUCGUUUUUCUCGGCGGUCACGGACACGGUUGGCACGGACGCUAA